CCUUUCCUUUGAUUCUGCCUCCCUCUGCAACUUGAAUGAAUCCACCUUUUCUUAACCUAUUUAUUUCUUCUUCUUAUAAUUAUAUGGGUUUUAGAAUAUAAAACGAUUUCUUUUCACUCCUCACAUAUAUAUGUUGUAUGUUCUUGGGGGUUCUGAUCUGGAUCUCUCCUUUCUUUCUUUCUUUCUUUCUUUCUUUUGAGGGCUCCUCCUAAUUGUUUCACUAUCUGAUUCCUGCAUAUCACAAAAAAGCACAAAAGUGAUUUCGGAAGAAGAAGAAGAAGAAGAUGAGAUUCUCUUGAUCUUUUGCUUUUGGGCCCCUUAAGAAGAAGACUCUACCUUUAGUUUCCGAUAUAGCUGUAACUGGCCUGGUCUAUGCUGUUCUCUUGCACCUAUCAUCCUGCUGUAUUUGAAGAAACUGGGUCCAACUCGAUUUCUCCUAUUAUUAUUAUUAAUCUCUAGCUAGGUGGGGGCAUCUUUUAUUUCGUAACCCACACCCUCAACUACUGGAUCUCUUCCGUAUGUAUGUAUGGUAACAUAAUUCAGUGAUAUGGAUAUAGUUAAAUCUCGUUUCUUGGUUUUGAAUGACUGAAUUUUGAAAACUAGGGUUGACUCUCUCUCUCUCUCUCUCUCUCUAUCUAGUCUUCUUGAGGCAUGACGACGACGACGACGAGUAUCGAUGUUUCCAAGUAUGCCCAUAGCCCUGUACACAAAGCCAUAAUCACCAAAGACUAUGUCAGUCUCAGGAAGAUACUCAACGCCCUCCCCAAGUUCUCUGAUCCGGCUGAGAUUCGAACCGAAGCAGCUUCACUCGCCGAGGAAGAUAAAGCAGAUGUCAUCUCUUCAGUCAUCGACAGGCGUGACGUACCUAACCGCGACACCCCUCUUCAUUUAGCUGUCAAGCUUGGAGAAGAGUCUGCAACUGAGAUGCUCAUGAUCGCAGGUGCCGAUUGGAGUUUGCAGAAUGAACUCGGUUGGAGUGCUCUCCAGGAAGCUAUAUGCAAUCGUGAGGAAUCCAUUGUAAAAAUUAUUGUUCGCCAUUACCAGCCCUUGGCUUGGGCCAAAUGGUGCAGAAGGCUGCCCCGUUUGAUCGCAACAAUGAGGAGGAUGCGCGAUUUCUACAUGGAAAUCACAUUCCACUUUGAGAGCUCCGUUAUUCCUUUCAUAUCAAGGAUCGCACCUUCCGACACUUACAAGAUUUGGAAGAGGGGUGCAAAUUUGAGAGCCGAUAUGACUUUGGCUGGAUUCGACGGGUUCAAGAUACAGAGAGCGGACCAGAGCAUUCUUUUUCUGGGAGACGGGUCCGAAGAUGAUAAGGAAAGACUCCCUCCUGGAACUCUGUGCAUGAUAUCUCAUAAAGACAAGGAAGUGAUGAAUGCCCUGGAUGGUGCCGGGGCUCAGGCCACCGAAACAGAGGUGCAACAAGAGGUGGCGGCUAUGUCUCAAACAAAUAUAAUCAGGCCUGGAAUUGACGUCACUCAAGCGGUUCUUCUUCCACAGUUGACAUGGAGACGUCAGGAGAAGACAGAACUGGUGGGUGUUUGGAAGUCCAAGGUUUACGACAUGCAUAAUGUUGUCGUGAGCAUCAAAUCCCGUAAGGUACCAGGGGCUAUGACAGAUGAGGAGUUCUUCUCGUCUUGCAGUGAAAACGAGACUGAGAGUGAGGAGGAGGAGCGGCAGCUUAAUGAUAUUUUGACGGAAGAAGAGAGGAAACAACUCGAGGUUGCGUUAAAGUUUGAUUCUUCGGAUGUAAGCAAUGCUGAGAAUGGAGAUGGAUUUGUGGGGCAUCGCCAUAGUUGUUAUGAAGCAAGAGAUAUACCUAUUGAGGAGGAUGUGGAUCAUGCAUGUAGUAGCAGUAGUAGUAGUAGUAUGCAGGAAAAGAAAGGGUGGUUUGGCGGUUGGAGAAGACGAGAUCCCAAGAAUAACAAAGGGGGGCAAAUAAGGAAUGUCCCACCAAGAAACUCUCUUUGUGUUGAAGAGAAAAUUAGCAUCGACCUUCUCGGGGAUUCCCCUCCACCGGCCUCACCCUCUUCAAACGCUGGCGGAGGUGGAAAGAAUAAACACAAAGAGGGAAACCGUGAAAACGAGUAUAAGAAAGGACUAAGGCCGGUUCUUUGGCUUUCCUCAGAUUUCCCAUUAAGAACAGAAGAGCUCCUGCCGUUGCUGGACAUUCUAGCUAACAAGGUGAAAGCCAUUCGUAGGUUGAGGGAGCUUCUUACAACUAAGCUUCCAUUGGAUACCUUUCCAGUUAAGGUUGCUAUUCCAGUGGUUCCAACUAUUAAAGUGUUGGUUACAUUCACAAAGUUUGAGGAAUUACAACCAAUUGACGAUGAUGAGGAAGAGUUCUCAACCCCUCCAUCGAGCCCGAGUGCUGCAGAGCGUAUAAGCCCAACGAGGUUAUCGCAUUCGUCAGGGUCGUCGUGGUUUCAAUGGAUAAAGGCACCUUAUCAACGGACAAUGACUUCUUCAGGUGGUGGUGGUGCCGGUUCAAGCAAUAGAAUAGAGAUAAUUCAAGACCCUUUUGCAAUCCCUCAGGACUACACAUGGGUGACAGCCGAAGCAAAGAAAAAGAGGAUACAAGAGAAGAACAAGUCCAAGAAAAACAAAGGUCAGAAGAAUCAGGAAACCAAACUUUGAUUUUGAAAUACUGUUUCAUGAUCUAUCUAUCUAUUCAUCAAUGCAACAACAACAACAGUUGUAGAAAAAGAAAAAUAGGAGGGAGGGAAUUCAUAUUUGAUUAGCUUUAAAUUUGUUACAUUGUGGGGGGUUAGGUAUAAUUGAAGGUGGAGUUUUGUGUUGGAAAUUGUUACAUUAAAUUUUAUUAUAGGCUUUCUUCUACUACUACUA